CUUCAUCAUUGCAAUUACUUCCGGCAAGUUCCGGGAGCGAAGAAGAGGCUGCGCGUGCGCAGAUGACACCGACGUGCCAGUCGAGCACGUAUUACGUGCUUACGUCAAUGAGGACAUAAUUAUUCGGUCUACUUCUACCGGGAACGUCAUGGGGAACGCGGAGAGUGGCUGCGGUGGCGGCAGCGGAGACGACGAAGACGUAGAAACAGAGAGUCCCACUUUGGCGGAAGACAGCCCGGCCUCUGCGGCCACAGGCGGCGGAGGCACAGGGGCAGGCAAAGGCGGAAGAGUACCGAAGAAUGUCUCCGUGGUCGCUGGUGGACUGCCGAGCCCGGCCGUACUCUUCGAACAAGUGAAGCUAAGAGAAGCGGCGGCACGGAUCAGCGACUCUGGGGUCGUCAUCCGGGAAUCUGUCCUGGCCGGUAACGAAGGAGUCCUGGUCCGGUGGCUGGAGGAGCGCCUCAACCGGGGAGAAGAGUCGGUUAAUGUGGAACAAUUCUGUGAAAUGUUGGAGAGCAGAGACGCGCCCAGAGAUGAGUGUGAAGAGGCGUUCGGACAGUUUGAUGCUGAAGGAGACGGGGUGGUGGAUGUGGAGAGCAUGCUGGUUACUCUGAAGAACUCCAAUGGAGCGAAUUUACGGGGGGAGCUGAGUCAUGUGAUCAGACAGCUACAGGCGUGCUCCCUAACUCCAGGUUUUGUUGACAUUUUCUCCAAAACUGAAGACCGUUUGGGCGCCCAUGCCUUCAAGAUCCUGAAGUUCUUGCGCAGGAAUCAUAUUCCCAGCAGUGCCAUCCCUUUCCCUCUUCUAGAAGGUUACAACAGUAUCUGCACUAUGAGGUCCAGUGUCAUCCAGGACUUCCUAGACUUCCUCAUGCAAAGGGAAAAAGACCUUAAUAUCCAGUACGGAGCAGAGUUGGAGCGUGACCCAGAGGUGGACAAGGUGAAAGUGGUGACUCAGUGUUACAGCACAAUAGAGGCUUCUUCCAACGUCGGUGAUGUUUACAAGAUGACAAACGGCGAGACUUCAUCCUUCUGGCAGUCUGACGGCAGUGCUCGCUCCCACUGGAUAAGAUUGAAAAUGAAAGCAGAUGUGGUGUUGAGGCGUCUGGCCAUAGCUGUGGCCGCCAACGACCACAGUUACAUGCCUCAGCUGGUCUCCGUGAUGGUGGGCAAAAAUCGACAUUCUCUGCACACCAUCCGAGAUAUCCGCAUCCCCAGCAACGUGACCGGCUACGUUGCACUUUUGGAGAACGCCAACAUUACACAUUCCUACAUCCAAAUCAACAUCAAGCGGUGCCUCAGCGAUGGCUGUGAUACUCGUAUUCAUGGUUUAAAGACGCUGGGCUAUCAGAUUACCAAGAAUAAAGAGGUGUCUGUGUCGGAUGCUUCAGCCAUCUGGUACUUGUCUCUCCUCACCUCCUUGGUCACCGCCUCCAUGGACACCAACCCUACACUGGCUCACACUGUUCUUCAGAGCACUCAAAAAGCAUUACAACACAUGCCACCGUUGUCCCUCACUCCCUCAUCCACCGACUUUCCUAAGUUCUUCUCUUCGAACAUCCUAGAGGAGGUGGAUGCGUUUCUCCUGAGGAUUGCAGACUGCUGUGAGAGUCCUGAUGCUGAGCUGACCCUCCUCGCCUUCGCUCUGGCCAGAGGAAGUGUGGCCAAAAUUGUCCUAGCGCUUUCCUGCAUCAGCGACCACUUAGAGACGCAGUACAAGGCUUCAUCCCUCAUUGCUUCAAUGUCCUCCGUUAGGCUGCAACUACUCUAUCGAAACGGCAAGCCACUUCAGCUGCACUUACAGGCGUGCGAUGUGAAGAGCAAAGAGGAGAAAUCAGGACCAGAGAACAUGCUUACAGAAUCCUCCACUGGAGAUGGUUUCCUCACUGAGAAUGGCAAGACGAAAGCCAGCGUGAUCCUGUCCACUGAGGACCAGACCAACUUUCAGGUCACUCAGAUGAAGAUCAAUGUGCGGAAAGGGGCUAUUGGAGCAAAAUGUGGCUUGGUGUUCGCUUACAAGGAUGAAGAAGCAUUUGAUGCAGAAAAACAUUUUAAAAGGUUCAAGAAGUAUGACGUGUGGGACUACAAAGACUACAAAGAGUUUGUACUCGACAAUGUGAGGAUUCCAGCGCUCUCUGAGGACGAGCCCAUUGGUUGGUUUGAAGUGGAAGAGGACUGGAAUGAUGUGGAGAUCAAGCUGCAGCAGUGUCGUGUUGCAAAGUUUUUGAUGGUGAAGUUCCUAUGCACCAGGCAGGACACGGCUGACCGUCUGGGUGUGCAGUCUCUCAGCUUCAGUGGUUACUGUUGUGGGGGAACAGAGAAGCUCGAAGACCUUGACCACCAUAGUGCCGCAGGAGAGCACAGCAAACAUGAUGCUGUCACUGGCCUUUGUCUUCUCAACAAGACCUUGUUCUUCAUUCAACAACUCACACAAGAUUUGGAUACCGUUUACUUAAAGCUGAAGUAUCUUCUGGAUUUCACUGAGCUGAACCUGGACCUCUUCUGGAACUUCUACAGCAAACUGAUGCUGAUUGAGGGAGAGGAGGUCUUGAGGAGUAGAAUCCAUCUUCUCCAGUUGCUGCAGAACUGUUUUCCCAUGCUUCCCAACACUCAUGACUCAACGACAGAAGCAGCGCCCACAUCCAGCAGUGUGGAGCCUGUGGAUGAUUCUACCAGGGCUGAUCAGCAGCUUUACUCUCACCUCUGCUACAUGGUGAAUGAGCCUGAGGGGGAGAUGUUACUGGAAAAAGCUUUGCACAAGGAGGCCACGAAGGCCAUUCUUACUGGAGCAGCUGUUUUCUUCCCUAAUAAACAUAUCAGGAGGAACAAACUCUUCAGUAUGAUGAAAAACAUCACAGAAGAAGAUCAGCGGCCGUCAGUCAAAGUGACAUUUGAGUCGCUGUGUAAUUACUUCAGUGACCAGGAUCCAAGCGGCCUUCUCCUACUCCCCACUAAAGACGCUCCCGCCGACUUUGACAUCAAGCCAAGUUUUGCAGUGAUGGAGACACUGCUGCUUGUGGCAACACAAGAGUGUGAGGUGAUGAUGGUGCAUGAAGGUGCUGGGUCCAGUAGAACUGUGCUACUGUCCUUGUUCUGGGCCCUGCAAGGCAGCCUCCUCUCUUGGUGUUACCUCCAACUUAAAGGAGGGACUUCCACUGCUGCCAGCAUGCAGCUAGCCAGAGACCUGCUUUUACAAUAUGUGGAUCAGAUUUUGGCAAGUAUCAAAGGAAUACUAGCUUCAUUGCUGGAGAAGUACACUGGCACUGAGAUUAUCAACAAACUGGGCAACUCCAUCAUCGCCACAGUCUUCAGACAGCUACUGCUCUUCCUCCUGGAAAUUUGCUCUUUGGACAUUCCUCACUGUCCGCUGCUCAAGAGCUUCUCAUCUCUGAAUGAGCUGCUCAAAAGUCUGUCCAUUGGCACAGGAGACAUAUUUUCCAAGCAGGACCAAGAGAGCUGGCACCAGCCCCAAAAGCCUGUGGUGCUUCGGACCUGGACCAUGGAGUCCUCUCAUAACUAUGAAGACAGUCGCCAUGAGAGCAGCAUCUUCGCCUGCCCUGGUGUGACUUCCUUUGAAGUGGACUUUGAUGAACGCUGUGAGACAGAGAAGAGGUAUGACUACUUAGAAUUUACCGACUCCAGGGGCGGGAAGUUUCGCUAUGACAUGAAGGUUGGAACGGAAAAGUGGCCAAAGAAGGUAACGUUUGAUAUUGGCCCUCAGCUUCAGUUCCUCUUCCACUCUGAUAGCAGCAACAAUGAGUGGGGUUACAAGUUCACUGUCACAGCCAUGGGGCUGCCAGACAUCACCAUCUCUUGGAUGUCUGACCUGCAGCUGCUUGUGGCGCGCCUAAUGGGGCGUCUUGCCUCCAGAACCCUGGCACUCAAAUCGCCUCAUGAGGUUCGUUCAGUGAAAGAGCUUCCAUCUUGGAAAGUUUCUCAUGUUCAGUCUUCACCUCUGUGGAAAUACAUUCUGCGACAUGGCUUGUGUGAGUCCAGGCACAUGGAUCAGAACACAUCAGUUCAGAGGAACGUGUAUAAACCUGAUGAUGUAAUGAGGUUCCUGGAGAACUUUGCCCGAUGGAACCCUUCCCAAGAAGCAGCAGACCAUGGAACAGAGCUGAUGAGAAACCUUGUGCAGUGCUGUCGAAAACAGGCAGCGAGGAAUGAGAUUGCCACUGGCUGGAUGACAGACCAUGCCGUGAACGCUCUUUGGGCUGCCAUGGUCUAUCAUACACCUGCCCUCAUCCAUGCCCUGCACACCUACGUAAAUCAAGAAUGCAAGUCCUGUUUGAAUGAGGACUUGGUGCAGGUGUAUUUUCUGGCAGACAGCAUCAGAACUUGGAUGUUGGAGAUGAAGCAGAGAUAUAUUGUUGGCAAAAUGAAUGUUUCUGAAGACAAGGAAGGAGGUCCUGAUGAGGUUACUAUGGAGACACUAGCUGAGAUGUGCAUUGAAAAGUCCCUCCUGCUCUUCAGAUUUUCACCUUGUGGCACACUGUGCACAGACUCUGAUCCUGCCAAAAUAGAGGACAGCAGUGCUUCUCUUCACUGUCCACUUUCAAUCUCAGAGGACGAUUUCCAGGCCAGCUCCUUAGUUGAGCAUGUGAUGAUGUCUGCAGACAAUGUUCAGGCCAAGCCGGGACAGAGCCAACCUGCCAAUGUCCCAGUGUCCUCAUGUGUGCACUGCAAGUCAGGCCACAAAGACUCCACAGAGAGCCUCUCAUCCCGCGGAGCCGGCAGUCCAGCCUCUCCUUCUGCCUUAUCCCAUAAAGCCUCAUUCAGUCGCGCACGACUACGCCUCCUCUCAUGCCGCUCUAUAGAAGAACCCAGCACCACCCCCACUGUCAAAGAUCGCUACCUGGUUCUCAAACAUAUACUGAACUUCAUCAAGGACAAUUCUCUCACAACAGCAACUAUCCUGCAGACCUUAGAACUGAACAAAGCUCAGGCUGUUAGCGUGUGCAAAAUCCUGGAGCUCGUUCAAGAGUGUUUGCAUUCCCUGGGAAAGCCACACCUUUUUCAAGGCCCCUGCAUCCUGUUCCUCCAGGAACUGCUGACAUGUCAGAAAGACUUCAGCAGUUAUUUCUCUCAGUUGUCAGACAGCGGACGAGAGCUUGGGGAACAAGUGCGGCAAUCUUACCAUCAGUUAUUGCUCAUCCUGGUGGAGGCAGUGCAAGGAUUCAAUAGUCUCAAUGAAAAAGCUCUUCUACCAGCACUGUCUUGUGUGCAAACCUGCCUCUUGCACCUUCUAGACAUGAAUUGGCAUGUGCACGACCUUCCUCUAUUCCUGAACAUCAAGCUUCCUGAACUCUUGCUGAGCAUGUCACAAGAAAACAUUAGUGUUCACGACAUCGCAAUCAGUCAGUGGACAGAAGAGGAUGAAAUUGCAGACUACAAAAAGAACCAGGAGUGGAUGGAUGAAUGUAUGGACGGAAUGUUUGAGAAGUGGUAUGACAAAAUCGAUGAGGAGGACUCUAUGGAGGACAGACGAAAGAUGCACAUGUUCAUUGCACGUUAUUGUGACCUGCUCAAUGUGGUGAUCUCCUGUGACGGCUGUGAGAGGAUGGCACCAUGGCACCGCUACCGAUGCCUGCAGUGCACGGAUAUGGACCUCUGCAAGACAUGCUUCCUCAGUGGUGCCAAGCCAGAAGGCCACGAGGAUGACCACGAGAUGGUGAAUAUGGAGUAUGCUUGUGACCAUUGCCAGGGGCUGAUUGUGGGCAGCAGGAUCAACUGUAACGUCUGUGAAGAUUUUGACUUGUGCUUCGGUUGUUACAAUGCAAAGAAAUAUCCUGACAGCCAUCUGCCCACCCAUCGGAUUACAGUUUACCCCAUGGUGACCAUUAGAAUAAGUGACCGCCAUCGCUUGAUCCAGCCAUACGUCCACAACUACUCCUGGCUUCUGUUUGCUGCUUUGACCCUGUACACUUCUUCACAAGUGAGCAUGAAGACACAGACAGAGGAGGAAUCUCUGGACAGUAUGACUUGGAGUCAAGCCUCAGCCCUGCAGACGUGCUGCUCCAAACUCAUCACUGAUUGCUUGCUCAAGAGCCAGACGAGCAAAGGUCUGCGUUCUUCAGCCUUGCUCAAUCUGCUGUCAGCCAAUCAAUCAUCUUCAGACAGUGAGCUCUGUCCAGUUUACCCUCAGUCUUCUCAGGACAUCAGCACCGCCACUGACACCUCGUCUCUCCCUGGUAGUACUGCAGCAGUCUGCUCUGCUUCUUCAUCUAUAGACAAGAGUAAACCAUCGGGAAAAGAGCCAAAGCCAAAGGAGGGGAACGCUCCUCUCGUUGCUCCUUCAGAAAUGUUUGAACCAGCGAGUACAGCAGACAUUGAGAAUAGGAAGCUUACUUUAGAGUCCAUCAGCAUCAGUAAAACACCUUCUGUGUCCUGCGAGGAUCCUCUUUCCCCUGUGAUCAGACCUUCAGAGUUGAGUCCGGCAGUCUUAUCUCCUUCAUCAGAUGCUGUCAAGGAGACAGAUGACCGGCUCCCCAAGGUUCCCCUUCAGGAACAUGUUUUUUCAGAGUGCUCCAGAGAGAGGAUCCUUGGACUUUUAGCAGCCAUGCUGCCACCAGUCCAACCUGGACAUACUCUGUGUCUGCCCAGUGUAAGCGCAAUCCUGCACAAGCUUUUCAGGGCAGUAAUUUCCAAUGCUGGUUCUCUUAACGAGACAUACCAUCUCACGCUGGGUCUAUUGGGCCAGUUACUGAUGAGAAUCGCUCCCUUUGAGGCUGACGUUGCUGUUACUGAGGCCCUGACAGACAAAUGUGAGCUGCUAAUGCAGGGAGAGGCAGCCAUUUCAGACACUAGUGGCUGGAAGACCAUCCAAUUGCUCUUCUGCUUGGGAGCCUUCUGUUUAGACAGUCGUAUUGGUCUGGAUUGGGCUUGCACAGUGGCAGAUAUUUUACACAAUCUCAACACUUGUCCUGAGUGGAGUACAGUCAUUGCCGCCUUCACUGACCAUUGCAUUCUCCAGCUGCCGCAAACACUCAAACGCACUAACCUUUUCACCCUGCUGGUGUUAGUGGGAUUUCCCGAGGUGCUGUGUGUUGGCACACAGACUGUGUUUAUUGACAAUGCCAACGAACACCACAACAUGAUCUUGCUCAAACAUUUCACUGAAACAAACCAAGCAGCUGUGGUGGACAUAAAGACGCGCAAGAGAAAAACAGUGAAGGACUACCAGCUCAUCCAGUCUCAGGACUCUGCAUCAUACCUUCCAGGGCAGUUAGAGAGCCAGUGCUUUCCUAAAACUCUGCUCAGCCGCUACCUGACCAACUUUAUUUCCAUCAUCUGCCACCUUCUACACACCAGCCAGGAAAACGCUUCUCCUGAUGCUGUGGAGGCAUCCUGGGUUCUGUCCUUGGCUCUUAAAGGCCUUUACAACACACUCAAGAAGGUUGGAGUUGAACAAGCUCAGGAAGCUCUCCAGCAGUCAGGAUUGACCCAGCUGCUUGUGAGGAAGUGCAGCAAGGGGACGGGUUUCAGCAAGCUGUGGUUGCUACGAGAUCUAGAAAUUCUCUCCAUCAUGCUCUAUUCCUCAAAGAGGGAAAUACAUUCCAUGGCUCAGGACCCCGAGCGGGACCAGCGAGAGCAGGACAAGGAGCACGAUUCGGAUCACUCCAGCAACAUUGCUGACGACAUAGAGGUCAAUAAGCCUGAUCCACUGGACGGUCUUGAUGAAGAGACUAAGAUUUGCUUCCAGAUCACUCAUGAUGCCUUAAAUGCCCCUCUGCCCAUUCUACGAGCCAUGUAUGAGUUACAGAUGAAGAAAACCGACUCCUUCUUCCUGGAGGUGCAGAAGAGGUUUGAUGGAGAAGAGAUCAAAACAGAUGAGACAAUCCGUACUCUGGCUCAGAAAUGGCAACCGACCAGACGGACUCACUCGGAGGACAGAAACAUCAAGGCUGUUGACACUGAUAUGAUUGUGGCUUCUUGCAUUUCUAAGCCCAGUCAGUGUGAGAAGGCCACGGAGGAGUUCAAUGUAGUGACACAGAGACUCAUCACCAACUCAGAGAGCGACUUGCAACUCAGUUACGCCAAACAACGCCGCACAAAAAGCUCUGCUUUGUUGCACAAAGAACUGGAUGUUCGCAGCAAUCGGGCAGUUCCUCAAUACCUGGUGAAGGUAAACCAUGCCAUUACCACGCUGUAUGCCCGCCACGUACUCGCUUCCCUGCUGGCCAAUUGGCCUGCCGAGGCGUCGUUGAGCGAGGAGGCCCUCGAACUGAGCGGUGCGUCUCACAUGGCCUACAUCCUAGAUAUAUUGAUGCAGCUAGAGGAGCGGCCGCUGUGGGAGAAGAUUCUACAGAGGGUGUUGAAAGGCUGCAGCCAAAGUAUGUUGUGUAGUCUGUCGCUCACUGCCUGUCAGUUCAUGGAAGAGCCGGGCAUGGCCAUGCAGGUCAGAGAAUCCAAACACCCGUAUGACAACAACACCAACUUUGAGGACAAGGUGCACAUUCCAGGAGCUAUUUACAUGUCAGUCAAGUUUGACUCCCGCUGCCACACAGAGGAAGGUUGUGAUGAGUUUAUCAUGUCCAGCAGCAGUGAUUUUCUCCAAGAUGUUCAUGUCUUCAGCGGCUUUCCUCAGAGAUGGUCUGAUUUUGAAAUUCCAGGUGACACUCUGUACUACAAGUUUACAUCAGACAUGAGCAACACUGAGUGGGGCUACAAGUUCACCAUUACAGGAGGCCACAGGGGUCGCUUCCAGACAGGUUUUGAGAUCCUGAAGCAAAUGUUGACUGAUGACCAAGUGCUUGGUCAGCUGUCAUUGGCUGACAUCUGGGCGUGGCAAGUGGGCGUGGCCUGUCGACAGACAGGAAACCAGAGAUUAAAAGCCAUUCACUUGUUGCUCCCCCUCUUGCAGUGUCAAUCACAGACAAACUACACGCUGACACUGCUCAAGCCACUGUGGCAGCUCUUUACGUCAAUGGAAAACAACUUAAGCCAGGCCUCGACCAGCAUGACUGUGCUGCUGCCUCUUCACAGAGCUCUCACUGAACUCUUCUUCAUUGCUGAGGCCCGCGCCAUUACACAAGGCAUCCUCCAGGAGUAUUUGCUAGCAAUGACCACUGAUGAUCAACUCCUGAAUCACACAGCAUUGGCUCUGAAGAAUAUUGCUGCCAUCAGCCUGGCUAUUAAUUAUCCCAACAAAUCCACCAGGCUGCUCAAUGUGUCCUCCUGAGAUUGACAGCCAUGAAGUGAUCACAUGACCAUUAAGGGUGAGCAGCCAUCUUGUUCUUGUGACAGGAAGCUCAGCAGCACUGUGGACUUGCUAGGAAGCUGCUGAAAAUACAACUUUUUCACUCUGCCUUAGGUAUGUCUAUGCUAUGUCUGCAUGGAAAUUAGCUUUUUUUUAUUCUAUAUUUUUACUGGAUGGUGCUGUGAUGAAGGACUCUGAAGUUUGCCAAAACAAGUUCCUCUUUUUUAUUGCUAUGACGUCUACAACAAGUCAAGCAAGAAAGCGUUGUCAAAACACCAACGCCUUAACAUCCUCAGAUACAUAAAUACAGUAUUUAUCAUCAGUAACGUCUUAUUUGCCGUCAGCUCUUCCCUUCCUUGUCUCCUUUCCUUCACUCUUCCACAACAGUGAAACCCAACUCAAGGAGUAUUCAUGAGUAACAUUUUCCAAAUGUCUGUGUACCACAUAAAAUUACAAAAACUUAAAACCUCUCUUGGUCUCUUAAAGCCUUUACUUCUAUCCACACACUUUAAUUAUGAUUGUAUUUGUUGAUUUAGUUGGCACGUCAAGCUAUGUAUCCAGCAGAGGGUGCUGUUUCAAUCCACUCAGCAUUUGCUAGCAGUAAGAUGCUUUGACAAGACAUGAUGUUACUUAACUGCAGGUUUUGUAAGUACAAUACUGUAUACAGCAGGGCUAUUCAACUUGUGACCCGGGGGCCAAAUCCGGCCAGGGAAUGACACCAUACUGGCCUCCGAGUUCAGUUCAAAGCUUAUGAGACAAACAUUUUUGCAGCAAAUUCCUAAAAACACAAAAGUGCUUCUGUUGUAAAGAGGAACUUGAACCACUUGAAACACAUUGGCAGAUCCUUGCCUUGACAUUUUAACCUUGCUAGCAAACAUAGAACACUGGGGUCCAAACUUGUGGUUUACAUAACGAAGGCAUUAUUCAAGGCAUCCCUUAAGUCCUCAUCUUUUUGGCAGUUACAUUUUUUUUUUCCUAAUGUGAUUUAUGUAACUAAGGUGUUGUAGCUUUAUUUUACUCCAGAUGCAGAUAUUAGUCAUUUGUUCAAUAAACGUAUUUAGUUAUACUCUUGGUGUUCCUCUAA